AUGAGUCAAGGAGUUUGCAAGAAAGUGUCAAGGACUGCCAAAGAAAUGCUUGAUCUUCCAGAUGAUAUUGUCAUUCAGUUCUUUUCUCACCUGAAUUAUCGAGAUCGGGCCUAUUUGGCAACAACUUGUUCGAGAUUGCGGCUUUUGGGAAGAUCUCAAUAUCUGUGGCAGUCGUUGGAUCUUCGAAUGCCCGAGUUUGAUGUGAAAGUAGCAAAGUUGUUUGCCUCUCGAUGUGCUGACUUGAGGAAAGUACAAUUUCAUGGGGGAAUAUCUGCCCAUGCAUUGAUAGAGCUCAAAGCUAGGGAGUUGAAGGAAAUCAGUGGCGAGAAUUGCAGUAAUAUCAGUGAUGAUACAUUAAAAUUGAUUGCGUCAAAUUACACAAAACUUGAGAGUCUUCAGCUAGGAUGGGAUAUCUUUGGAAGGGUCACCAGUGAUGCAAUAACAGAAGUUGCUGGCUGCUGCACCAAACUGCAAAAACUUCGACUCUCUGGAAUAGAAGAUAUUGGUGGUGUUGCUGUUAAUGCGCUGGCUAGAAAUUGCCCACACUUGACUGAAAUUGGUUUUAUCCACUGUCUUAAUGUGGACAUGAAGACUCUGGGGAAUGUGUUGUCACUCCGCUUCCUCUCAGUUGCUGGUUCAUCUAAUAUAGAUUGGCUAUCGGCUUCGAAGUACUUGAUUGGGUUGCCGAAUUUAAAAUGUCUAGAUGUUUCACGAACUAGUAUAUGCUAUGAUGCUUUAACUAGAUUGCUUUCGAGCUUGGAGAACUUAACGAUCUUGUGUGCUCUUGGUUGUCCAGUUCUUGAUCAUGAUCCUAGAACUGAUAAGCACAAGAGUAUCAAAGAUAAACUGUUACUUACCUUGUCCACGAACAUAUUUGAAGGUUUAUCUUCUCUUUUUGUCGAUACAACAAUGGAAGACAAAAAUAUAUUCUCCAGCUGGAGGAAAAUAACCAUGAAGAAUCAAAACUUAAAUGAGGUUAUGACGUGGCUGGAAUGGAUUCUUUCACAAUCGCUUCUAUGGUUUGCUAAAAGCAAUCAGGAAGGUAUGCAUCGUUAUUGGAGCAGCCAGGGUGUUGCACUGUUGCUUUGUUUAACACAAAGCACCCAAGCAGACAUUCAAGAAAUGGCUGUUGCAGCCCUUUCAUCUUUUGCAACUGCUGAUUAUGGAUAUGCUAGAGCCGUUGCUCAGGAAGGCGGCAUAUUACUCCUUCUGAACCUUGCGAAAUCUUGGAGGGAAGGGCUUCAGAUUAAAGCAGCAGUGGCAAUAAAAAAUCUGUCGUAUUGUCGCGAGGUUAAGCUAAUUGUGGAAGAAGUUGGCGGAAUAGAAAUUCUAGCAAAUUUGGCAAGAUCCAAGAACAGAUGGCUUGUCAAGGAGGCUGUUGCAGUUCUACGGAACCUUUCUACAGGGGAAAUACACAAGGAUGCAUAUGUCGGUGUGGUACAGGUGUUAGUUAAUGUAAUCAAAAAAUGGACCACUGAUGGUGAUGGAAUUCUAAAAUGUGCAGCUGGGGCACUGGCAAAUUUGGUUGCUGAUAAUAAGUAUAGUAUGCUGGUUGUUGAAGUAGGCGGUCUUACUGCUUUGGUUGGGCUUGCUCAAAUGUGCACCUGCAAAGGCGUGCAAAAGCAGGUUGCUCAGGCGUUGGCUAAUUUGGCUUCCCAUGGAGAUACAAAUGCUUGUAAUGCUGCUAUUGGAGAAGAGUUUGGAGCUGUUGAAGUGCUUGUGAAAUUUCUAUAUUCACCUUCUAAUGGAGUCAGAGAAGUAGCUGUUAUUGCAGUAUCCAAUUUAUGCUUUUAUGCCAGAAACCGAGAAGCAAUUGCAGCAGGUGGUGGUGUUGAUGCGCUGGUUUCUCUUGCGGAUACAUGCACAUAUGAUGCUCAAGCCUCUAAUGAUCUUCAGGAGAAGGUUGUUCGUGCACUCAGGGAAUUUUGUGUGUCAGAAUCAGAUAGGUAUGGGAGAUACUUCUGA